AAGAAGAAGAAGAAGAAGGGUCAGAGCCCCUUGAUCCGGCUGCCGGAGGAGGAGCAAGUUCAGCUACUUGUAACGACCCAUGGCAGCAAUAGGUGAUUUUGUGAAAAGCUAUGUUUACGCACCAGAAUGAGCUCUAGCUUGUGCUGCAGCUAAUCGUAAAGUGAAUAGAUGUAGCACUAAUGACGUGAUCUUCUUCCUGUUUACUAGUUCGACCUGUGUAUGCUAUUACUGUCUUCAAAACCUCGAGUGGAUAUAUGCUUUUGCUAUUAAACAAAAUCUUGAUUAGUAUUAAACCGUUAAUUGGCCCCUGAAUUAACACUCUUUCAAUAUGGGGACAUUUUUGUGUGUUCAACGUGCAGGAAGGAACAGCUUGGCAAGUCUACAAAAGCUACAAACAAAUACUACAAAAACUCAAGCAAGGACGAUCUAGUUUUGAGGGCGACACUAGACUCAAUCACUAGAAUGGGAUGAAAUCGUGAUCAAGUGACAAAAGGAACAUGGCCCCACAUGUCAGCCAUGGAGCAAAUUAUCAAAGAGAUUUCUUAAAAAGCCCCACCCAGGGCGAACAGAGGACGAGGACCAGAUCUAGGGGGAAGAAGAACUGCUCCCUCCGCCGCCCGCCUGCCCGCCCGCCUGCCGCCGGCGAUCAUCGGAGCUCAACCCCGGCCAUUCCUCCGACCCACCUCCUCCGAGAUCUCCACACCCAGCGCCGGGCCAGCGGCCGCCUCGUGCUGCGCUCGGCCGCGCGUGGACCUAUCCCACAUGCGACUCCCGAAGAUGCGUACGGAGGGGAAGAGGUUUGCCGGAGAUGGCGGCGGCUCCAGGGCAGGCGGCGACGACUCCAGGCGUCGCCCCAUGGUGGCGCAGCGGCGACGACUCCAGGCGGCGACCGCAGGCGGAGCGCCAUGGCAGAAGGCGGCGACCCCAAGCGGAGCGCCAUGGCGACGCAGCGGCGACCCCAGGCCGCGCCAUGGCGGUGCGCUGGCGACCCCAAGCGGCACGGCGGCGACCCCAGGCAGAGCGUCAUGGCAGCGUGAUGCAGCAAGUCCAUGGCCAGGACAUGGUGGCCGGAUUGCUCUGCCUGGGUUCAAGGACCCGAUUGCUUUUUAAAAAUAAUUAUAGGGACCUGAUUGCUUUUUCAAAAUAUUUGGGGGUGGGGGGUUAUUCUGUAAAAAUCUAUGAAAGAGACAUUGACAUGUGGGCCCCACAUGUCAGUUAACGGUCAAACACACGGUCAAAGAGACGGACCGUUUAGGUGCGGGCCCGACCUGUC